AAGCAGAACCAGACAUCAUCAGAACUGCUUUCUUUAGCCGGAUCAUUUACAGUUUUAUUGAUCCUGGUUCUGGUUUUCUGGACUUUAAACAGGAUGAAAAUGAUCACCAGAGAUAAAAUCAUCUUUGACUCCAAACCAACAAUCACUCUGGAGAUAAUCUGAGAUCUAGAAAACGUUGCAGCAUUUCUUUCAGAACUGAAAUCUGGGCCGGAUCUCCCCAUUUCUUGGUCUUUCUCUGUUUGAAACAUUCUGUGCAGAUUUUAGUUUGGUUGCUGCCUUGUUCCUCUAAAGGUUUUUGUUCUGCAGCAUCUUCCAGAACCUGAUCUUCCUGAUGAAAUUCUCUCAUUGUUGUUUCUAGAACUGGACCUGAGACCAGAAUCAUUUUCAGGUGGAUUUAAUAAACCCGUCUGUCUCUGUGAUGCAGGAUCUCAGGGUUUACCUACCAGCAGCGUUCUGUCCAGGAUCCUUCAGACCCAGAUGUUGGACACGUUGGACAUCGAAGGACUUUAUCCUCUGUACCGCCGUGUGGAGCAACACCUGCAGGACUUCCCUGAGGAAAGGACUCGCCUCCAGAUAGACGGACCGUACGACCAGAACUUCCUGGAGAAGGUGCAGAAAUGUUGGAUGGAGGACGACGGCUCUGUGGAGUACGCUGCAGCCAAGGUCCAUCAGUACCGGAUCGCCCUGACGGCUAAGGACUGCUCCAUCAUGGCUGCUCUUGUUCCCAGUGUUGAGGAAGAGGACGAUGAUGAAGACCUCUCCUCUCAGAAGCAUCUCAGGGACUUCAGACCUCAGGCCUUCUCCUCCUCCGUCUCCAUCCUGGAUUUGGAUCCAAAGCCGUUGGACAGCAUCCCCCGCCAGCAGCGUUUGGACCAGAAGAUCGUCUCGUGUUACCUGAGGACGGGCGGUGCCUUGCCCAAGGGCUCCUUGCCGCUGCUCCCCAACAUCAUCACGGCUGCAGAGAGGGAGGACCGAACGCUGCUCUUCCAGCCCGUGUGAACGGCUGGUUCUGUCUGUCUGAGAGAGGUCCGAUCAGGAGGAGAAUCCAGCAUCCGUUCUGCUUCAGUUAACCACAAUCUCACAGCUUCAUUCUGUCACCAACAUCCUCUCUGACCUCUCCUUGGAUGGAAGCUGUUGUCAUAGCAACAAGCUCUGAUGCUAUGAUGUCAGAGGUCCUCAGCUGAUCAUCAUCAUCAACACUAACAGCUGUGAUACAAACACAGUCAACAGGCCGUCUGCUGCAUCGCUUUAAAGGUCAAAUGUGCUGUUAAAGGGUCAGUUCACCAGAAUCAGAACCACGAAAACCUCCUGGGUCAGACGGUUCUGGUCUCAACAGUCUGAAAACCCAGAGACAACCUCCGAUGUUCCCACUGAUUAAAUGAGUUUAUUUGUUGUCAGGCAGGAGGAGGACAGCCUUUCAUGUAGUUUUAACAUUAUUAAAAAACUCCAGCAUCAGGUUGAGCUGAGACCUCUGAGUGUUUGAGGAAACCGGGUUUUGUUCUGGGCUCGGUACUGUAACUUUCACUGAUGUCAGAGCAGAUUUCAGUCUGUUUACUUGUUUACUAAUCUGUGCAGGGUGGUAAACAAACAGCAGUGGUCAGAAGUCCUGAUCCAGCCCUCAUGUCUUCAGAUUUUCCUUCUUCUGACCCAGUUGAUCCUGUCUGUGUGUUCUGGUCCAACAGUUCUCAGGGCUUCCUGUAGGACUGUCAGAGGUUUUCUUUGGACUUUGGCUGAUAUUCACUCCUUUUCAGUCCAGUAGCUGACAACAGAAGAACUUUCAGGACUAAAAGAACCUUCUCCGGCAGAUAAACAGAACCUGAAGGACCUUCAGUAGUUCUGGAGAACUGUUGAUCCAAACACUUGAAGAGAACAAGACGUUUGGCUGUUUGCAAGGAAAACCUGCAGAAAUGAGGACUGGUUGGAUGUUCUGAUCCAGUACCGUUUGUUCCCACUUAGCUUCAGUUCUAUGAAUGUUGUUUGGAUGUUCUGAAGUCAGAAUUUUGGACUGAAAGCUGCUUCAGAGUCCAAUUGGACUCUUUCAGAUCAAUUUUGGAGCGUUUGGCUGAACUGAACUCUGCAGUGAAGCUUCCGGACCGGACUUUAACAAAGUCCUGAGAUCUGAUCCGAGCUCUGACCCACAUGCUGCUGCUCUGCUGGUUUUGUGCCAAACAUGGCUGCUUCCUUUUUGUUUGUCCUGGUGCCUGAAUGUACUGACGGGUCUGUUGGACGGUGACGGUCCUGGAGGACGGUGACGGGCCUGGAGGACGGUGACGGUUUCUGUGGAGAAUGCUGAACCUGAACCAUAAACUACUACAGAGCUUUAGAUUAAGGGUGUGCAAACUUCUUAAUCCAGGUUAGAGCAACUUGUUGAUUAGUUUGUUGUAAGUUAAACAGGAUAAAUGUUGCAUUAAAUGUGGAAAAUGUUCUGAAAUGAUGUAUCAUGGUCUCAUUUCUUACAUCAUUAAAGCCUUUAACAGGGUGUGAAUACUUUAGAGACCUGCAGAUAAUAAAGAAUCUCAUUGGUCAGUCUCUGCUCUGAGCUGGAACCUGAUUGGUCAGCCGCCUGCUGCCUGAGCAACAUGAUUGGCUGAGGAUCAUGGGUCAGCGCUGUGAUUCCUGCAGACUCCUGAAACCUUUGAGUGGAAUAAAAACAGCAGAAACUACGUGGGGACAUAAAGGCCAAACAGCUGUCUGGUGUUUUCUACUGAAAUUAUUUAUUUUUGUAGAUUUGGACCAACGAGUUCUGCUGUUACUGCCGUCACAGUCACGCUCUUUGUAUCAGAAUAAACAUUUGUACCGAACCGAA